CUGCACUACAGUGCAUAGAACGUGUAGACAAAGCGUUGCAUCGAGGGAUGAAAUAAUAAUGUGUUUCGACUGAAAACAAUAUUUUCAACCGAAUACCAAGAGGAAAUUUUAAUUAUGCACGGGUUACGAGCUGAUCAUAAUAUUGUUGGCCUCAGUACCAAUCGAUGGUUAGAAGCACUUUGGGAACCAGGAGCAAAAUUAUACACCUUACCAGAUGCCAUCGAUAUGUUGGAUGUAACUGGAGAUGGAGAUGCCAGACUCAUUUGCGCCGAUUUGGGAACACUGGGCGCCAAUUCGACGAAAAUACGAGUUUACAAAGGGGCCGAUCAGGUAACCGAGCAUAACAUGGUGGAUCGACCUUGUGGGGUGGUCGGUUUCUACACGGAGAACGGUGAAGCUCGAUCGUCGGUGUUGGCUGUGGGCGGUGGUUCGAGUGUCUAUAUUUUCAAAAAUAUGAGGCCCUACUUCAAAUACUGCUUGCCACACAUUGACGUGCAUCCUAAAGAGCGAGAGAUUUGGCACAAAGCAGGAUUAGAAGAAGAACUGAACGUGCUCACACUAGCCGACGAAUUGGAAUUAUUAUUAAAAGAACUCGGUGCAGGAUAUAUUUCGCCACGGACAUUAAAAUUCCUCUCUAUGGAUCCGAACUUGAGAACCAGCUUCGUGGAACAAUACAAAAGAAUUCCACUAAUUAAGAGCAAUAGUUUGUCCGCGAUUUCCGUAAUCCGGAGGGAUUCUUGGACCAACCCAGCAAGCGGUUGCCUCGUGCUUGGAACGGAAUUCGGGGAAGUUCUCGUUUUGGAUCCACGAACGUUCACUGCCAUGGACAAACAUUUACUUGGAUGGACUCCUGUUGCGUUCGCGUGUACCGGUUUAUGGACAGGCGACGGUAAGAUAUUAAUUGUCGGAAGGGACGGUAACAUAGGCGCGAUAAGAAGAGGAAGCCCCGUAACGCUUUGGGAAAAGUUGUCAGCGCCGGCCGUCGCUAUUUCGGUUCUUAACAAUGAAAAUAUCGCUGUGACUCUGAUGAAUGGUUCUUUGAUUGGCCUUUCGAGAAAGGGUGGUAAACUGUGGCACGUCAAUGUUCCGGGGGCGAUUUUGGACUCAACGAGUUUGCCAGUACCACAGAGUGGGCUGUCCUUGAUCGCCGUGAGUACCGCUGGAUUCGGUGUUCGAGUCUACGAUAGAAUACACCACGUGGAUACGUUGAAGAUCAUGGAACCAGUAUCUGCGAUAAAGUAUGGUCGAAUGGGCCAAGAAGAAAGAACAAUGGCAAUGGUCACCGUAGGCGGCGGUCUGUGUGUGAAGAUUUUGAAACGGACCGCCGACUUCAGCAUUCACACCUCAGAGUCGAAUUCGCUGACGAACAACAACUCGAAGUUUUCAAUACCAAAGAAAACACGAUUGUUCGUCGAGCAAACGAUACGAGAACGAUCAGAGGCGAAAAAGAUCCACAGCACGUUUCAACGGGGUCUUCUUCGACUACGAUUGAUGGUAGCCAAAAAGGUAGUAGAAUCUUUGAACGAGGGUCAAGACGCGGGUCCGCGUAUCAUCACUGUGGAAGCUACCGUUUUAGGAUUGGGACCGAAUUAUCAGAUUCGUAUCUUGCUGACGAAUGUAUCGGAUGAACUCUCGGACACGGGAUUGUACAUUGUCUGCAGAAGCGAGAACACAGACGUGACGCCACGCGUCGUGGAUGUUCCUUUAUUGCCGAGUGGAGUUCCCAUUCCGAUGGCUUUAAAUGCAAUUCUAACCAGCAGAAUAUCGGGCAGGGUACAGAUCUUAUUGUGCAAGAAAUCUAGGACAAAGCCGAUUAACGUGACGACAGUCGUUUUGCCGGCCGCCGAAGAAGACAUUGAAGUGUGAUUUCUUUGGACGAAAGAGUGCUAUGCAUAGAAAAAUAUUUUCUGUCGCGGGUCUAUGAGAUAUACUAUGUAGUGUAUCAACAAGAUUGGGAUAAAAUCAUUUUUUUUUUAACUUUUGGUUCAGAGAAUAUGGUCACGUUCUUAAAAAGUAUUUAUAUUGAAAACGAUGGCUCGUUCUGCUCGAUUUACUUAACAAUGACUCACUAAGGGACCG